AUGUCGGAUUUCGAGGAAUUUGAGAAACAGCUGAGCGAAAAUCGACAAGAGAGAGAAAGAGAAAGGCACAAAAAGAGGAGUCGCAGCGGCUCAGCGGGGGGCGGAGGCCGAGGCGACAAGCACCGCAGCUGGAGCAAAGACCGAGGGAGCCGCAGCCGCGAGAAGAGAAGCCGCAGCAGAGACAGGAAGAGCCGGGAUCGUAGGAGUUCCUCUCGGGAUCAUAAGAAGCACAGCCAUUCUCCGAGGCGAACGAGGAAGAAAAGGACCUGCAAGUACUGGGAUGUGCCUCCUCCUGGCUUUGAACACAUCACACCAAUGCAAUAUAAAGCUAUGCAAGCGGCCGGCCAGAUACCAACAAUAGCUCUGCUGGCAACGUCCACCACAACCGGAGUGGCUGCUGCACCGACACAAGUGCCCGUCGUUGGCAGCCAGAUGACGAGACAAGCCAGACGCCUCUAUGUUGGAAAUAUUCCCUUUGGAGUAACUGAGGAGUCCAUGGCAGAGUUCUUCAACGCCCAGAUGCGUCUCGCAGGCCUCUCACAAGCCCCGAGCAACCCUGUACUCGCCGUGCAGAUCAAUCAGGAUAAAAACUUUGCUUUCCUAGAGUUUCGGUCCGUCGAUGAGACGACACAGGCCAUGGCCUUCGAUGGAAUCAUUUUCCAGGGUCAGUCUUUGAAGAUUAGAAGACCUCACGACUAUCGGCCGUUACCGGGUAUCUCAGAGCAGCCUGCUUUCCACGUCCCAGGUGUCGUCUCCACAGUCGUUCCCGAUUCCCCUCAUAAACUGUUCAUAGGAGGCCUGCCUAACUACCUGAACGAUGACCAGGUUAAGGAGCUCUUGACUUCAUUCGGGCCGCUCAAAGCUUUCAAUCUGGUGAAGGACAGUGCCACGUCACUGUCUAAAGGUUACGCCUUUUGCGAAUACGUAGACAUCAGCGCCACCGAUCAGGCGGUGGCGGGGCUCAAUGGCAUGCAGCUGGGCGACAAGAAGCUCAUCGUCCAGAGGGCCAGCGUGGGAGCGAAAAACACCAACCCUACCUCCAUCAUAGAGACCCCGGUAAUGCUGCAGGUCCCGGGGCUCCAGAGGCUGCAGAACUCGGGCAUGCCCACAGAGGUGCUGUGCCUUCUCAACAUGGUGAUGCCCGAGGAGCUGGUGGAUGACGAGGACUACGAGGAGAUCCUGGAGGACAUCCGAGAGGAGUGCUGCAAGUACGGCAGCGUCCGCUCCAUCGAGAUCCCCAGGCCCGUCGACGGAGUGGAGGUCCCCGGCUGCGGAAAGAUCUUUGUGGAGUACGUUUCUGCUGCAGACUGUCAGAAAGCCAUGCAAGCCCUCACCGGCCGCAAGUUCGCCAACAGAGUGGUCGUCACCAAAUACUACGAUCCCGACAUGUAUCACAGACACGAGUUUUGAAAGCACAAGACGAGUCUGACGGGACGUUUCCUUCUUCCUUUUCUGUUUGUAAGCUUGGGUUUUUUCUUUUCCUCCUCUGAAUGUUGUGAACGUGUCUUUAGAGACUAGACCAGGAACAAAAAAAGACUUUGUUUUAUUACACACUCCACUUCUUCUUCUACUUAACAAACUGGACUGCAACGUGUUUCUAUUUCUG